UGGGGGCGGCCCAAGGAUCCCAGGACAUACGUGCCUCUCAUUGAUGCGAUUCUAAAAGCUGGUGAGUGGUGCUCCCAGGCCAUACGUGAUGAGGAGGGCGACGAGGAAGGUGCCAUGAGGGCCCUGAGGGAAGCAGCAGCCAUACCGUACCCCACCGUAUCCCACCGUACUUGUCCUCCCCACCUGGUGCCUAGCAGGCGACGAGGAGGGAGCCAUGAGGGCCCUGCGGGAAGCAGCAGGCCCACCGUACCCCCAACGUAUCCCACCGUACUUAUCCUUUCCCACUUCUUCCUGGCAGGCGACGAGGAGGGAGCCAUGAGGGCCCUGCGGGAAGCAGCAGGCCCACCGUACCCCCAACGUAUCCCACCGUACUUAUCCUUUCCCACUUCUUCCUGGCAGGCGACGAGGAGGGUGCCAUGA